GUCAUUGCAUCCCUAGUUCAAAUCUGAAGCGAAACAUCUAGUAGCUUUACUCCUGUUGCCUAUUAUUUUGGUGGUACUUUGUGCAUUUACAGUAAAGAUCUCACAAUGGAGGGUUCGGUAUCCAAUGUGGAGGUCUGUAAUUUUGCGUACACGGGCCAGUUUGAGAAAUUAAGACAAUGCAUCCUAUCAGAUAAAACGCUUGCCUGCAAAACAGACCAGGACCAUAGAACGGCACUGCACUGGGCUUGUUCCGCCGGCCACACGAACAUUGUGGAGUUUCUACUUGAUUUUGGAGCUGAAGUGAAUCUGCAAGACGAUGCUUCAUGGACCCCCCUUCAUAUCGCAGCGUCUGCUGGCAGAGAAGACAUAGUGAGAGCUCUGAUAUCCAGAGGAGCUCAGCUGAAUUCAAUAAAUCAAAAUGGAUGCACCCCUCUGCACUAUGCUGCUUCUAAAGACAGAUAUGAGAUUGCCCUGAUGUUGCUGGAAAAUGGUGCUGACCCAAAUGCCACAGACAAGUUGGAGUCCACUCCCCUCCACAGAGCGUCUGCCAAGGGCAACUACCGCCUCAUCCAGCUGCUUCUCAAACAGAGUGCCUCAACCAACAUCCAGGACUCACAAGGCAACACACCUCUCCACCUGGCCUGUGAUGAGGAGCGUGUGGAAGCAGCCAAGUUGCUGGUGGAAUAUGGGGCCAGCAUUUACAUUGAGAACAAGGAAGAAAAGACCCCCCUCCAGUUAGCCAAGGGUGGACUGGGCAACUUACUACGUCGGAUUGUUGAAGGAUGAUGCAUUUUCUUUGCUCUACUCAAAUCCCCACCAUUGCCAAGGUACUUUUAGAGAAUUCUCAUCCCAGUCAAUCCUCCCUGAGCGGCCUAGUGUGAGACAUUCUGAUGUGAAGCAGGUAGAAGAUGAAGCCACUCCUUGGGACAAAAAGCGUGACUGUACUGCAUCCUGCUAUAAGUGGGGCAGUAAAGUCACAGAGACCUUGGAUGUCUGGUCAAAAACUCUCUCUUCCGCAUGAAGCUCAGUGCAUCCAGCACUGCGGCCAAGUUUCUAUGAAUUUUGAAUUGUUCCAAGAUGUCAAAAUAAAAAUGAGCGUUCGGCCUG